AUGUCAUUUGGGCUGAGCUUGAAGCCUUCAAACCUGCCCGAGAAGACCUUGGCGUUCACGAACCGGUGCUAUGCGAAUCAGACGGAUGUGGAGAGGCUAUGUGGUGCUGGUGCUGGCGCCAGGUACAUAGAGGUGAAAGGCUGUGUUUUUAGCAUCGAGACGCACCGUCUCAUGGAACCCGGGACCAUUGCCUUCAACAAGGUGCAGCGAGAGUUUGCCAAGAUUGGGCUGAAUCAGGAGGUCUUUGUGAAGCAGUUCAUGAUUCCCAAGGGCUUCGAUCUGGGCACCUGCAAGAUGGAAGUGGACUUCUUCGUGAAGCCUACGCCCGACACUCCCAGGUUAGAGAUCAGAGACGAGGAGCUGGAUGCUCUGAUUAGGAAGAGUUUCGAGUCCCAAGUCGUUGCCAUUGGUCAAACGAUCGCGGUUGAUUACAACGGGCAGCUUCUAAAGUUCGAUGUGCGCAGUUUGAUGCCUCCGGAUUUGGGGGACGGCGCAGCGAGGAACAAAGUGAGUUCCGGGAUGCUCGCCUCCCUCACGGAGUUGGACUUUCAGCAAGGUCCCUCUGGAAAGCUCCAUGUACUUUCCAACAAAGUACAACACAGAAAUAUAUUCAGACCAGAUUUCAAUUUCGAAGACCUGGGCAUCGGUGGCUUGAGCAAGCAGUUCGGAGACAUUUUCAGACGAGCUUUUGCCGCACGUAUCUUCCCACCUCACAUGGUGCGCGACCUAGGCAUCAACCACGUGCGUGGGAUGUUACUCUACGGUCCGCCGGGUACAGGUAAGACCUUGAUUGCCAGGAAGCUGGCCAAGUUUCUAAAGGCAGCAGAGCCAAAGAUUGUAAACGGACCGGAGGUUCUGAACAAGUACGUAGGCCAGGCAGAGGAGAACAUCCGGAAUCUUUUCGCCGAUGCCGAAAAAGAUGAGAAGACGCUCGGAGAGAACUCACCCUUACACGUCGUCAUCUUCGAUGAGAUUGACUCGAUUUGCAAGUCGCGGGGCUCAACACGCGACGGCACAGGAGUACAUGAUAGCAUUGUGAACCAGCUGCUGUCCAAAAUCGAUGGCGUGGACUCGUUGAACAAUAUUUUACUCAUCGGUAUGACGAACAGAAAAGACCUAAUCGACGAAGCACUGUUGCGGCCGGGGCGACUGGAAGUUCACGUGGAAAUCAGUCUUCCGGAUGAGCAUGGACGCAUUGAGAUUUUGAACAUUCACACGAAAUCCAUGCGAGACAAGGGUUACUUGGACCAAGAUGUGUUGAUUCCAGAGAUCGCCGCGCGGUCAAAGAACUUUUCGGGGGCGGAGCUCGAGGGCCUCAUCCGAUCUGCAACGUCUUACGAGCCCUGUAAGCACUACUUCUUUAGGCGGUUUCCUCCCUCUCCUCCCUCUCCUCCUUCUCCUCCCUCUCCUCCCUCUCCUCCCUCUCCUCCCUCUCCUCCCUCUCCUCCCUCUCCUCCCUCUCCUCCCUCUCCCUCGCCUCCCUCUCCCCCCUCUCCCCCCUCUCCCCCCUCUCCCCCCUCUCCUCCUUCUCCUCCCUCUCCUCCUCUCCUCCCUCUCCUCCCCCUCUCUCUCUCCCUCUCCUCCCUCUCCUCUCUCCUCCCUCUCCUCCCUCUCUCCCUCUCCCCUCUCUCCCCCCUCUCCCCCCUCUCCCCCUCUCCCCCCUCUCCCCCCUCUCCCCCCUCUCCCCUCUCCCUCUCCCCCCUCUCCCCCUGUGCCGAUACACCCCCAAGGGAUACUCCUUGUAAGGAGGUGUAUGACCAGUUAUUCCCUAAGGAUCAAAGGGCAGCGCCCUGCACACGGACAGUAGUUGUUUUGUCUUGCUACGCAAGGAGAGCUUGUCUUGUCUCAAUAUGGUAA